CUUAUUGCCCCAAGAUUGGCAGGAGCACCACUUGUAGGCAUUCGGUUCACCGCAGGUGCGUCGUGCGGUAAGCGUGAGCGCCGCCUGUCUGCAAUGUCCAUGCAGUUUCGAGUUUUACCGCGCUUGCUUUUGAUGAUGCUUCCAGUCCUGUUUCUAUCGGAUCAGUGGUCCAAAGAUUUCAUUGGAUGGGUGCCUGAAGCACGUCGACGUGACAAAGCCAGCGGGGCUCGGGUCUUUGCAUGUCAGAGCGAGAUACUUGCAGCAGCUUUCCCGUCCAUCAGGCCAGUCACAAGCUUUGGAACUUAUUGCUGGAAUCCAGAGAAAGUCAAGAAAAAGUUGAGAGUUAUACAAAAUGUUGGUGCGCACGACAUCGCUAAAGGACUUGCCACUGCAGAUGAACCUCUCAAGACGAUCGUGGAUCCCACAAAGAUGAGCCUUCCGUGCCACUUUGCAGAGAACCUGCCUUCGCAACGAGUCCUCAACAAGUUUCCAUACAGGCCGGGUUUUCUUCCAGCUCUGAGAGUUGCCAAGGCGAGGGGGCUAUGCCUAAAGAAUCUGGACUUUGUUCUGGAUGACAUCAGUCUGGGUUUCCUUGCAAGAAGAAAGCGAAACCGCCGGAAGCGUUGCAAAUAUUUGGUGCAGAAGUUGCCGGGCACAGAUGUUAUCGUGCUCGGUGUUCAUGUGCCAUAUAGGCAAGAGCUGCACGAAAUUGGAUUCCAGUUUGAGCGUCUUAUGACUGGUGAGCCAAUGGACGGUCCCCACGAUUUACGUUGGCACGGGGCCAUCCAGUUGUUGGACAUCGGAGGUUGGCAGGUGUUGGCCGUUGCCGAGGUUCAGGCAAUGAAUUCCAGGCGGAUGCCAGUUGUGAUCAAAAGUUCCCAUCCGACGACGAGACACAGGAAAAGACAUAUCCUCCAGAUGCUGUCCAGUGGAGCAGUGGAGCUGGUCCAUGCAAAGAGGAACGGAAACACCCUGGAGGACGUCCAGGUGCAAUCCUUCGAGGAGCUGGUGGCAGUGGCAGCAAGGCCAAAAUCAUGGACUCAAAGAGUUGACACAAACCUUGUUGCCGGGCUCUCGCAGCUUAAAGCUAAUGGUGACAUCAGCGCAGAGCUCGUGCAUGAGGUUGCCGGCUUCUCCUCCAAUUCUUCCUGCUGCUUCCGUGCACUUCGGGUCCUGCCCGUGAUUUUCUUCCUUCCGCCCAUGUGGUGA